AAGCUCUAUAAAUUAACCCUUCUACCCAUUCUGUCUCCAGUCUCUUCCCUCUCCUCUUUCUCUCCUUUCUUUUCUCCCUCCUCGGCGCUGUUCCAGCUUAUUUCAUCUCCAAGUUUUCUUGUAAAUUAACAGCAAUGUUGGGAGCAGGGAACAGAUCUCCUAUUAUAAAUGAGGAGCAAGGUGGAAGUGAAGCGGUUAAUGAGAUGGCUAUGAAGGAGUAUGGUGAUGAAUGGACAAUGGAUGGAUCUGUGGACUUCAAAAGCAGGCCUGCAAGGAGAGGCAAGAGUGGGGGAUGGUUGGCAGCAUCUCUUGUGCUUGUGAACCAAGGGCUGGCUACAUUAGCAUUUUUUGGAGUGGGAGUGAACUUGGUUAUAUUCUUGACAAGGGUGCUUCAACAAGAUAAUGCGGCUGCAGCCAACAAUGUUAGCAAAUGGACAGGAACUGUCUACCUCUUCUCUCUGAUUGGUGCCUUCCUUAGUGACUCCUACUGGGGAAGGUACAAGACUUGUGCCAUUUUCCAGAUAAUAUUUGUAGUGGGCUUGGUGAUGUUGUCAUUAAUUUCAAGCUUAUUCCUACUAAGACCAUCUGGGUGUGGUGAUGAACAUACAUUUUGUGAGCCGCAGUCUGGCUUCAAAGUUGGGUUGUUCUACCUUUCAGUAUACCUUAUUGCUUUAGGCAAUGGAGGUUACCAGCCAAACAUAGCCACCUUUGGAGCUGACCAAUUUGAUGAGCAAAAUCCAAGUGAAGCUCAUUCAAAGAUCGCCUUCUUCAGUUAUUUUUACCUAGCCCUCAACCUGGGAUCCCUUUUCUCCAACACCUUCCUUGGAUACUUUCAAGACAGGGGCUCCUGGGCUUUGGGCUUUUGGGCAUCUGCUGCUUCUGCCAUGAUAGCUCUCGUCCUCUUCGUUGCUGGCACAACAGGGUAUCGUCAUUUUCGCCCUAGCGGAAACCCACUUUCGAGGGUGUGCCAAGUGAUUGUAGCUGCAGCCAGGAAAUGGAAUGCCUCCAGUUCAAAGGAGCUGUAUGAAAUUGGAUCAAAGGAAUUUGCUUCAACGGGAAAUAGAAAGUUGCUUCACAGUGAAGGAUUCAAGUUCCUGGAUAGAGCAGCCAUCAUUCAAGCCAAAGAUGAGCCCAACGUCCAAAGAAACCCUUGGCAUCUCUGCACUGUGACACAAAUUGAAGAGUUUAAGUGCGUGCUCCGUCUCCUCCCUAUCUGGUUGUGCACCAUCAUCUACUCCAUUGUGUUCACACAGAUGGCCUCCCUCUUUGUCGAGCAGGGUGCAGUCAUGGACACAUACAUAGGGUCCUUCCAUAUUCCCCCAGCAAGCAUGUCAGCAUUUGAUAUUCUAAGUGUAGCUUUGUUUGUCUUCCUCAAUCGUCAUGUUUUUCAACCGUUGGCUAGCAGACUCACAGGCAACAGCAGCGGACUCACUGAGCUGCAAAGGAUGGGUGUUGGUCUUGUCAUUGCCAUCACAGCCAUGACCUCUGCCGGAACAGUGGAAAUUUAUCGUCUAAAGCAUGUCUGCAAGGACUGCAAUGACCAGAGAAGCUCAAUGAGCAUAUUGUGGCAGGUCCCGCAGUAUAUGCUUAUCGGAGCCUCAGAGGUGUUUAUGUAUGUAGGCCAGCUUGAGUUUUUCAACAGCCAGAUGCCAGAUGGACUAAAGAGCUUUGGGAGUGCAUUGUGCAUGACUUCCAUCUCUUUCGGCAACUAUGUGAGCAGCUUGCUUGUGACAGUUCUGAUGGAGAUCACAAAGAAAGGCGGAAGCCCGGGCUGGAUACCUGAAAACUUGAACAAAGGGCACAUGGAUAGGUUCUACUACCUACUAGCACUACUGACUGCUGCAGACUUAGUAGUAUACAUAGUUUGUGCAAAAUGGUACAAAAGCAUUAUGAUAGAAGAGGAAGAAGCUGAAGCUGAUGAUGGUGACGAGAUUGAUCACAUCAAGGGUGCAGGUUUAGGGGAUUCUGAGGUUUGAAUCAAACGAUCAAGUUAUUUGGUCGAGAAGUUCUGAGAUGCAUUUUAACUCAAAUAUAUUUGAUUUUCCUAACCUUGACUGCAAUGGUCAUUGAUCUGAACAAGCAGAAGUUUGGUAGACUGCGCUGGGGCGAUUAAUAUUGAGCUAUAUAUAUAAAGCAAUUGAAGAGAGAAACUAAAACUUGUUCAAAGGUGGAAAAAACUUUGUAAUAACAAAGAGAACGAGAUGACAAAGUAUCUCUGGAAUCUUCACAUAAUCUGUCUUUUAAGGAUUUCAUUGUUCUUUUUGUACAUGUGAACUUUCUUGC